AUGAGCUCACCCCCAUCAGACUUGAGCUGGAUGUCCAGCAGUGAACUGAGUGAACUCCAGGCGACAGUCGACGUCCAGGCCAAACUGCCUGUCUGGCAAAACAACUGGACACCCGUCAAUCCGCCGCCCACAUCUGUCACUGCCGCUCUUGCCACUCUCCCGUCAUCUCAAUCGGACAUCGAUGAUGAAGAAGUGCCAUCUUCAUGCGCAAGCCCUUUUCGUGAGGCAAUCCUCGACUCAGCCCUGCGCAUUAAGCGAAGCCGAAAGGAAAGGAAGUGGAAGGCCCCCUCAACAUCACCGACAUCAGCACGCAAAAAGCGAGUUGCAAAGGCCAGGUCUGAAGACGAGCUAAAAACUGCAGUACUGCCGUAUGGAAACGAAAAAACCCCAACAAAGACUUAUCGGGCUGUCGAGGACUCGAAUCCUGGUCAACUUGAGACUGAUGAAAGUCUCCUGCCAAUCCGCCAAAGUAAGCUCAACAUCGCUGCAUCUGGACAUAAGCGGACGUCUUCGGAGGCGCUUCUUACGGACACGGAGGCUUUACCAGCAAAGAAGAUGCUACUUAUGACAGGGGAGGGAAAGGGAACAGUUUCCGUCGUCACAGCCUUGGUGGUGGAGGAACAGCAUGGGGCACCAAUGAGACUUCUACAGCCCGACAAGGAAUACCACUUUGCCGCUCCGCAUGCGUCCAACAAGGAUAGCCAGGAAGACCUCUUCAAUGACGAUAACAAUGACAUUGAGAACUUUCUUGAGGCCGAAAAGGCACUGGCGGCAAGAGCGGCAUGUCCAACUCCAAGCUCAGCCGGAUCAGAAACCUCCAAGACGCUCAAGACGGCAUCGUCACCGAUUGAAACCAAUAUGAAAGUGCCACACAAGGCGCCAAUGAAGCCAUUCGUUGGACUCAUGCGUGCUCGUGCUCCCCCAACGGCCACAUUUACUCCUGGACCACUCGCAACGUUGUUAGCUUCACAGCCACCUCCGAUCUGCUUCCGUAUUAUGGAUGCUCGCAUUUUUAUCUUCGUCAACUUCUCCUGUUUGCGGCCGCCCACUCCAGUCCCUGCCGGGACGAGCUUUCGGACCAGCACUACCAAGCCGUUGGACCUCGUGAUCUAUGCUGUGGUACACACCACUCAGAACAAUGGAGCCAGUCGAACCGUCACACUCGCGGAUUUGUUCUUUCCAGACCGACCGCCCUACCUCACAGGCACCAUUGUCCCGCAAGCAACCUGGGACGCCACGGGAUCCGCCUCCUUCCCGAAAUUUCCAUGCGGAGCUAUCGUGCGCGUCAUCGCACAAAUAUCUCCUCGCCUCGACACUGGCAUCCCGACCGCAGUGGGAACAAGUGCUCCUAAUAUUCCCUCGUCAAGUCCUAGCGCCACCAACACUUCAGCCGCACCAGCAGAAAAAUACGACAUCAUCUUCUCGAAGAUCAAGCACUCCGACUGGAACGAGAUCCAGAUCCUGAAAGCCAUCCUUGACCCGAUUGCCCUGGCUUCGAAGACCGCAGCGCACACGCCCGCCGUGUCGACCACCAGCCACGUCCAGAAGGCAGCAGCUGCUGGGAGCAAGGGACCCUUUGACUUUUCCUGA